AUGAAUGUCGUUGUGUCCCCUGCGGCCAGUGAGGCCGCCUCCCCUAUGAUCACCUCUGUCACUCCUAUCCUGGAGCACUGCCCUAAGGAUGAGGAGCCAAGCCCGUGUGGGAGCAGCAUGAACGGAGAUGAGGUGGUCCAGGACCAAGAUCUUCGCCGCAGGAACCAGAAGCCCCCACCCUUACACACGGGCGCAGACUGGAAGGUGGUUCUCCACUUGCCUGAGAUCGAGACAUGGCUAAGGGCUACGACUGAAAGAGUGCGCGACCUCACCCAGUCUGUCCACCAGGACAGUCUGAACAAGCAUGUGGACGUUCAUCUGGUGCAACUUAAGGACAUCUGUGAGGACAUAUCAGACCAUGUGGAGCAGAUCCACGCUCUGCUGGAGACAGAGUUCUCCCUGAAGCUGCUGUCCUACUCAGUCAACAUCAUAGUGGACAUUCGCACUGUCCAGGUCCUGUGGCAUCAGCUGCGUGUGUCUGUCCUCGUCCUCAAAGAGAGACUCCUCCAGGGUCUACAAGACUCCAACGGCAACUACACCCGCCAGACGGACAUCCUUCAGGCCUUCUCCCAGGAUCACGACCAGGCUCGACUGGAUGCUUUGACAGAAGUGGACGAUUCAGGUCAGCUUACCAUUAAGUGUAGUCAGGAUUACUUUUCUCUGGACUGUGGGAUCACUGCAUUUGAGCUGAGUGACUACAGCCCCAGCGAAGACCUCGAAGACAAGGGCACUGGUCAAGAGCCUCGCUGCUUGUACCCAGAGCUAGAGAAAGAUUUCCCAGAGCUGCUUAAGAGUGUGGAUCUUCUUACCACUGCAGCGGGGCGUCUGUCACCGAAACCCAGUCAGGGUUCUUCUCCCACGGAAGAGCCUGGCCCCUCUGGCCAGAAGCCCACGGACUCCUCCAUCCAGCCGGCUGAGGAGACGUCCUUGCCUGCUCCCGCCAUGCAGAGCGAGAGCAGUGUCUCCAAACGCCCUCUUCAGGGCUGUUACAGCACUGACGCAUCUCCUACCCAACCGUCCCUCCCCAAAAAGCCCAUGUAUCAGGAUGGCGAUGCAGAACCCCACCUCUGCAGAAGUGCCAAGCCCUCAAAUCUCCAAUACCAAGCCGACAUAAGCAGGAGCACGCCCUCACUUUUGGAUCCUCCAGACCGCUCCAAGUUUUGGCUGGAGCUGGAUUCGGUGUAUCCCGGAAACGGAAGCCAAUCCUAUGAGAACCUUCAUGCCACCAAUCUGAGGAACCGGCAGCACUCGGCUACUUUCCAGAGACCCCCAGUACCUGGUGGAGCCAGUGCUCCCUUUCAGAGGAGCAACUCUGAGCGCUGUCCAAAAAACAACGCCUCAAAGGAUGUGGAGCCAGAGGCCCAGCAGUCAAACAGUGACUCAGAGAGUCCUCUACUCUCUCCAGCGGAGGACUCUUCAGACCGUGAUCCUCGGGAUGAUUCUUCCAGCCCUGAGGGGCCUUCCCCAGCUCCUCCAUCCCUAUGGAUCACUCCGCAUGUGGGGAACAACGUCCCUCAGACAACUAGCCUAAAAGAAGAGCACUGGUACGGCUCAGAUGAGUUCCUGGCCCUCCCGGCCCAGCUGAGGAAGACCGAGAUGCUGGCGCUGAAGCUGGAGAGCCUGGCUAAGGCAUUGCCCCAGAGGCCCCUACAGGAACCCAUCCAGGAUGUGGAUGACUGGGAGCUGACCGAAGCCAACCCGGACUGGGAGAGCAACCCGAAUCUCCUGCCCUUGCACCCCUGUAAGAAGUCUUACCUGAUGGGACGGUUCUCGCCCACGUCCUCCAGCGACAUCGCCCCUUCCCUGGACGAGAGCAUCGAGUCGGGGCCCCUCAGUGACUUGCUGUCCGAAGACGAGGCUGGAUGGAGCAGACCGCAGUCCAGGAAAGGAGACAAGACAGCCGUCGUCCUGUCCAAAGCCUCCAGGAUGGCAGAACAGUACACACCCCUCAUCCAGAAGCUUCUAGAAGAUAUCCAACAUCAGGAGAACUACCAGGAGGUGUGGGGGAAGAUUGAGGGUUUUGUCAGUAAACUGGAUGAGUUCAUCGGCUGGCUGAGACAAGCCCUUGAGUGCACAGAAAACUGGACGCCACCCAGAGCCGAAAUGGACUGCCUUAAGCUGUACCUGGAAACACACCUCAGCUUUAAGCUGAACGUGGACAGUCACUGCUCUCUGAAAGAUGCCGUGCUGGAGGAGGGGAGGCAGCUGCUGGAAGUCAUCAUCUCCCACAAAUCAGGCCUCAGGGACAUGCUGCAGAUGAUAGCACACCAGUGGCAAGAGCUACAGAGGCAGAUCCGUCGGCAGCACAGCUGGAUGCUGCGCACGCUGGACAUCAUCAAAGCCCAGAUCCUGGCCACCGAGUCCUCUCCAGUGCCACGAGUAGACCGCGCCAGCCCAGAGGUGGAGGUCCAGCAGUCUCACAGGGAGGCUCAGAAGGAUGCCCUUCACCAGAUGUGUCUGAAACUCAGGACAGCCCAGCACUGGACCAGCAUCAGCAGGAACACUGACUUUACCCACAUGACCAAGUCCAACAGCCUAUCAGAGUUUGAAUCUGACUACCAGGAACUCUGGGAUUGGCUAAUGGACAUGGAGUCUAUCGUGACGGACAGCCACGAGCUUAUGAUGUCAGAAGAGCAACAGCAGCAUCUCUUUAAGGGUAACAGUGUGGAGAUGGCCAUAUGGCUUCCUAAGAAGACCCAGCUCUUGGGGUGGGCGGAGUCUCUGAAGAGGAGUGGCUCUGAGCUGCCUGUCGAUUUUGACGAGCGGGUCAGUGCCCUUAAGCACAAAUGGGAUCAGCUGCAAAAAACUUUGGCAGAGCACUUGGACAACCGUGCUUCUUCCCAGAAUCCCCGUUCCCUCCUUUCCCCAAACACCAACGGCAUGCUGGGACAGCUGGAGAGACGCAUUAAAGAGCUGAAAAGCUGGUUGCGCGACACCGAACUCUUCAUCUUUAACCUGAGCCUUCAGCCGGACGCCGAACACGACCCUCACAGCCACCCCCAGGAUCAGGUUGACUCCCACGGGGCCAAGCGCCUGCAGCAGUUCAGGGCUCUGUGUAUCGAGGUGCGGGGAAGGCGUAAGGGUAUGGCCUCUGUUCUGAGGCUGUGUCAGAGGUUGCUGGAAUCAGAGCAGAUGUGUUCGGAGACAGAGCGUCAGACACUGCAGCUGCUGCAGGUGAACCUGGAGCGUCGCUGGGAAGCCAUCGUUAUGCAGCUCCUGCAGUGGCAAAACCGUCUGAAACGCAGCCUUGGCCAAGACCAGGUCCAGGGUAACUUUAUUGAACCCUCACUCAUGGACCUCCGUGGGCCCGCUGAGGACUCCUGGGAGUGGGAUGAGAUGGACAUGACCAUUGUCAACGUGGAGUCACAAGAAAGCGAUGACAAGCCAGACUGCGAGUCUAAAUUGCACUUAGAUUCCCCAACGGACACUUCAGAUGUGAUGGAGAUGUGCCCCAAUGCUACACAGCACAGGUUGCCCUUGAAUAACCCUUGCCAAGUUUAUCAAGUGUACAACCUGCACAGUGUGGAGAUGUACCAUCAGCCUCAGUACGACACCCAUAACUUUAGUUCUGCCAAAGCUAAAGGGAAGCUGCCUCUCUUGAAGAGCCUGAGCAAAGACUCCUCUUUUUCCUCAAUAGAGUCUCUACCUGAUAUCUUAGCGGGUCUCGUCAGUGGGAAGCAGUCACUGGGCUCAGAGUUGGCCAGGAGGUCCGAAAGUGAGAGCGGGAUAGUCAGUGAGGGGGACACUGAGACCACGGCUAAUUCAGAGACCUGUUUGCUCUACCAGGGUGACGAGCCCAGGGUUUCCGUCAACCUAACUCCGCCUACUCGGGCAGACUCUCCCUGUGUAGACCAAGUGUGUGAUGAACACAUCGAUAGAGUCUUGGAGCGUGCCAAUAAGUGUGCACAGUGUGAAGACAGCAAUAGUUUGACAAUAGUUUCAGGCAAAGACCAAAGAUGUCGUGUGGUGAGGCGAAAGAGAGAGGAGGGUGGAGAAAACAAAAGAAAACACAGGAAAGAGUCUGUGCAAAUCCUUAUCAAUGGUUGUGGCCUUGGCCCUGACUCUGAAGAUGAAGGGCGUGACAGUGCAGCGCCAGACGAAGAGAAGCUGGGCACAGAAGGAAAAAUCCGGAAGGAGCUCACUCACUUGUCUCAAGGGUCUUCCCUAGACUCCCUCUGUACAGCCGGAGAUUUAUUUCCAUCAAGCAAAGAGACUCUUCACCGCAGCACAUCUCUAGAGAGCUGGCUGGCCCCGUGUAAGAACUCAGACGACGCAGGCAGUCAAGGCAGUCUUCGAGAUCUCGGUUUGGCCACAGAGUCCACGGGGGAGCUGAGCAGGAGGACGCUGGAGCUGCUCAAACGGCUAGAGAACAUCCAGACGCCUCUUUCCCUGAAGAUGACGCGCAGCAUCUCUGACGUCACCCUCCAGAGCAGCUCUUUGCGGCUUCCAGGACGAAGCCCACUGUCUGCUGGUGCCACAUCAUCUGUCAACGAGAGUUCAGCAGCCUCCCUUACGGAGCUCAGCAGCACUGACGACUUCUCGGCUGGCUCAGAGGACAUGGCUGCGCAGAAAAAUCGCUCUGCCCGAGACUCUAACGCCUCCUUUCGUAAGCACUGUCAUGGCCAGCAGAUGACGGAAGAGGCAGACGCCAACGUCAGCAUGGUCGUCAACGUAUCAUGCAAUUCAGCCUGUACUGAUGACGAGGAUGACGCCGAUCUGCUCUCCAGCUCCACUCUAACCCUGACUGAAGAGGAACUAGGCAUUAAGGAUGAUGAAGACUCCAGCAUCACAUCAGAGGAAGAGUAUAUUGAGGGUUCCUUUGCCCUGGGGUUGGAUUACAUGAAGAGUGAGUUUCAGAGAUGGAUCAAACCCAGGUCUCAAGGCAGAGAGAAAAAUGAAGCAGACCUGGGUGAUGAGCUUCAGUGUGGCACACUGUCCCGAGAUAUUCUGUCUCCCAUGGAAUCUACCAACGAUCGUCAGUUUCUGAGCCGGUCCGUGCUGAAGCUCUUGGAGUCAAACAGCAAUACAAAGAAUGAAAGUCUCAAGCAACAGGACAUGGACAGCAACCGCAGAGAUGCCACCAGGAGUUACAUUAGUCGUUUCGUGGACGACAUGGAAAACGGAAACGUGGAUAACGCGCCUAUCAAAGGAAAAGACGAAGACGACGAGCUGUUGAGGGAGGAAGGGAGUCUCUUCACCAAGACGGGUGAGUCGUUCAAAGACUGUUAUGCGUCAGGUAAUCAGGUCAAAGGAGAUGCAAGGGGUAUGGUGGCUGUCACCUCGUCUGCCUCAGGCGAACUGCUGUCCUCACAGUCCAAAGAGUCCUCUCUGGAAAGCCAGUUGAAAGGUGAGCUGCCCUGUCACAGCUCUCGUCGAGCAUCUCCGUCUUUGUCCCCUAUGGAGGAGUGCUCAGGCUCACUCCACGGCAUACUUGGAGCCUCACACGGGAGCCACGGGCAGGAGCAGCUAGUGUCCUUUUUGAAUGAUGUCCAAGAGCACCAAGGAGAGGGUUCCCCAGACUGCUGUACCCACCCCGCCUUCCCCUCUGAGGAGGAGAAGAACGAAGACGUCCACAGCUUCGUGAUGGAGAUCAUUGACAUGGCGUCGGUGGCGUUGAAAACCAAAGAGGGUCAGACAGACAAGGUUCAGGAGUCCUCCAGCCCAACGCCGACAGCACAGAUCCGAGAAAAAGUGCUGGAGCACUCACACCGACCCAUCCACUUACGCAAGGGCGACUUCUACAACUACCUGUCCCUCUCCUCUCAUGACAGCGACUGCGGGGAGGUCACCACAUGCGUAGAAGACAAAAGCAGCACCCCUUUGCUAUCCAGCACCCCUGACAUCCGCGACGAGGAGCCCCUCUUCGAAGCUUGCACUGAAGAAGUGUAUCUUGGCCCUCCUCUCUGUUAUAGUAUGACCUUCAGCAAAAGACCAGGGAGAUGCAGCACCAAAAGAACAGACUCCUCCUGUCCCCAGAACCAAAUACUUCCACUGGCCUGCAAUGAAUACCAAAAAGCACAUGGUAUUUCUCCAGGAAGUAUAGCCAGGAGCCAGCCAGAGUGUCGUAAUGAGCCUCCUUAUCUUAAUCCUUUACCAUGUGAAACCUCGAUAGACACUGUUGAAUGUUUUGCAGAUACUAAAAUGCUUGAAUCCAAUAUUUCCCCUGUAAUGACUAAGAUAAGAGCCUCUUGCUCGGGUACAAAUCCUUUAAAAGAGGGAGGCAGCCUCUAUAUUAAUCCUAAAAUUAACUGUCCCCCGAUAAGAAAGAGUGAUAGGGAUGAAAGAGGUCCUGCUUCACAGUGGAUGAAACAGAAGAAUGUCAGAAAAGGGCGUAACUCUCCAGAGGAAACCAAGUCAACCCAUAAACAGCUGCCAAGGUCAGAGCGUAGUUGGAUGAAGGUGGGCUGUGGGGCCCAGGGCAGUGUUCCUCUGUCAGACAGCUCAUCUGCAGUGAGGAGUGGGAACAGCAGCGGGCCUCAGGUCAGGAUGACCACAGAGAGUGACCCCACCCACCCCCUGCCCUCCACCUCCGAACCCCAACAUGCUCAUCCCAUGCCAGACCCCUGA